UCAAAUGGUUAAGACUUAAAGAAGAAUGUUAAACGAGAUUGAAAUUAAAAAAUAAUGGAGAUAAUAAAAAUAUUUAGAAGAAAAAGCAAAAAUUCAGUAUUUACACUUUGAAGAUAAAGAGAUGGAUUUUAAUAAAGAACUUUUGAAUCAAAUCAAACUUAAUUUAUUUGGUGAAUGA